AGAGUUUUGAAAACUUUAAAAUAGAGUAUCUUUUGGAGAUGCUCUUAGACACUUUAUAACUUCAAAUAUGAAGUUUUUUGCUCUCCAAAACGAAAUUUCAAAACUUUAAAUUUGAAGUUUUGAAGAGUGAAACUCUAUAAUUGAAGUUUCACUACUCAAAACUUCAAAUUUGAAGUUUCAUAUUUUUAUUUGCAUUUUGGUCCCUAUAAUCACACAUCACCUUUAUAAUUCAUAAAUAUUUUCUUUUUUACUAUUUUAAUCCUUAAAAAGUUAGAUCUCAUAUAUAUAUUUUAAUUUUUUUUUACAGAUUUUAAAGUUUACACAUAAAAUUAAAUAAAAAUUUUAAAUAAGAUUUAAAAUAUUUUAAACUAGAUUUAGACAACAAUAAUAUACAAAAAAACUUGACAAAAAAUAUUUUUUAAAAUUACAUGAAGACAUAACUAGUACACAAAUUUAAAUAUUACAACAACACUAAUAGUAGUUAAGUUUGAUCCGUAACCUUCAAAAUUUUCAAAUAUUGUCCAAUUUUUUUUGUGUAACUCAAGAUGGUUGUUGUUGUUGUUUUUGAUGUAUUUUUCGGACACUUCUUUAUUGUUCAUAUCAAAUAUAUUCACGAGUAUUAAUAUCAUCAAAAAAGAAUUAGUUUUUUAGCAAUAUUUUAUGUUUUUCUUUUACUUUCUUGUUCCGAUCUUAUGUAUUUACAAAUAUCAAUAUCAUCCGAUUUCAACAAUUUUUAACUCGUAAUCUACAAAGUAAAAAUGAGGAGAGCCAUUUUUACUUCGAAAUGCACUAAUAGAUCAUAUAUGCAUUACGAAAAUCAUUUUAUGGAAUAAUAUGAUAUUUCGUUUGAAGUUAAAUAUUAAUUAAGUUAUUUUUAUUUAAAUUUUAUAUUUUUAUAGAAUAUUUUAUUAAUUAAUAUUGUUGUAAUAUUUUUAUGUAUGUGCUAGUUAUUUAUAAAAGUUUUAUGAAUUCAAAUUAAUUAUGACAAAUAUAAGGACCAUAUUAUAAAAUACAAAUAGUUUUGAAGUUGAAUUUCAAGUUUUGUUUUUGGAGAAAAACACCUAUAAACUUCAUAUAUAGAGUUUUGGAAACUUCAAAAUAUAGUUCUUUUUUGGAGAUGCUCUUAGCAGACGGAUGUUAUAAGUUUUUUUUUUACGUCGUUUGGAUAAAUAUCGUGUACUAGAGAUUUUUUUUUUAAUAAGAGCAUGCUUUUUAGUUGAUUAAUAAAACAAGAAUGUAUCUUAACGCUACUAAGAAAACAAGAUGGUGGGAAACAAGAAAAGAAAAUGUUAUACACAUUAAAAUAGAAAAUUAACGACUACGCAAAAAAUGGGAAACGAAAAGUCUAAGCAAAGGUUUGGUUGAAACAAUAAAAUCCAUCUGAACAAAUGGACUUAGUACAGAGAGUCCGUACAUAACGCUCUUGAAAGUUUCUUAUUCCACACCGUUUCUUAAGUCUCAAAUAAAAUUUCUCUCAAGUGAAUGAAAAUAGUAAAUAUGGUUUUGGGGACUUCACUUUCUCUAACGUAAUGCCCCCUUCAUCAAUUGAUUUUCUCUUUGUAUAUUUAAUUUCAUCGUCGUUCUAAGUAAGACGAAUAGGAAGAGUUUUUAUUCCUCUCCAGGAGAUUUGAAUUUGAUGAGAGAUGGGAAUAAUCAGCACAAUAUUGGGUACGUUUGGUUUCGGAUUCGGGACGACGGUUGGGAUCGUUAUCGGUUACUACUUAUUCAUCUAUCACCAGUCUACUGAUGUUCAGGCAUCUUUCAAUCUUCUUCUCAAAUAUUUUGUUUAAUACAUUUCUCAACAUGACAUUCGACGAUUGUUUUCCCGUUAAAAUGCGACGAAUCUUGCCUAUAUAUAUUUGAUAAUUUUUGCAUUCAUGAAAUUAUAUGAUCACUUUGCUUUAUUUUCUUUAAAAAGUUCUGUGUGAUUAUAUUCGAUUCUUAAAGUUGAAACAAAAUGGGGAAGUUGAAUUGGGGAUUAAUUUUAAAAUUGUUAGAAAAUUUGAAACUGAGCUCUUUUAAUUUCUUACAAUGUUCGUAUUGGUUAACUUAUUUAUAUAUUAUUUGUUCAAUCCAUGAUCAGGAUCCUGAUAUAAAGCCAUUGGUGGAGUUAGAUUCAGAGACUAUAUCAACAAUGUUUCCUGAGAUACCUUUGUGGGUGAAAAAUCCAGAUUUUGAUCGUAUUGAUUGGCUUAACAAGCUCAUUGGCCAUAUGUGGCCUUAUAUGAACAAGGAAUGAAAGUUUAUGCAACUGAUGACAAAGAAAUUAUCAUGGAGUUGUCAGUGAAAUGGGCAGGGAACCCUAAUAUCCUUGUUGCAGUCAAAGCAUUUGGGUUCAAAGCUACUGUCCAGGUAAGUUUUUGUUCGCUGCAUCUCCAAGAAAAGCCUUUUCAUCUUUUGUGACUAUUUGCAUUGCAAGUUUGUAUCAUCAGGUGAUUGAUUUGCAAGUAUUUGCUACUCCAAGGAUUACUCUGAAGCCGUUGGUCCCUUCUUUUCCCUGUUUUGCCAACAUAUUUGUCUCCCUCAUGGAUAAGCCCCAAGUAGACUUUGGACUGAAGUUACUUGGUGCAGACGUAAUGGCCAUUCCUGGCCUAUACCGCUUUGUCCAGGAACUCAUUAAAGAUCAGGUUGCAAACAUGUACCUAUGGCCAAAGACUUUGACUGUACAGAUAAUGGAUCCUUCUAAAGCAAUGAAGAAACAUGUUGGAUUGCUUAAUGUGAAAGUCAUUAAGGCAAUAAAGCUUAAGAAAAAAGAUCUUCUUGAUGGAUCAGACCCUUAUGUGAAAUUAACACUCUCCGGUGACAAAGUUCCUGGUAAGAAGACAGUUGUUAAACACAGCAAUCUAAAUCCUGAGUGGAACGAAGAAUUCGAUUUAGUUGUCAAAGAACCAGAGAGUCAAGAACUUCAGCUCAUUGUUUAUGACUGGGAACAAGUUGGUAAACAUGAUAAGAUAGGAAUGAAUGUGAUUCAACUUAAAGACCUUACUCCAGAGGAGCCAAAGCUCAUGACACUUGAGCUUUUAAAAUCCAUGGAACCAAACGAGCCAGUUAGCGAGAAAUCGCAUGGACAGCUUGUUGUUGAAGUGGAGUAUAAAUCCUUUAAAGAAGAUGACAUCCCAGACAACUUAGAUGAUCCAAAUGCAGUAGAGAAAGCACCAGAAGGCACACCUUCUGGUGGUGGGUUGCUUGUGGUUAUUGUUCAUGAAGCUGAAGAUUUAGAAGGCAAAUAUCACACAAACCCUUCUGUUCGUUUGAUGUUCAAAGGAGAAGAACGUAAAACAAAGCGUGUAAAGAAAAACAGAGAGCCAAGAUGGGAUGAAGAUUUUCAAUUUCCAUUAGAUGAACCUCCCAUAAACGAUAAGCUUCACGUUGAAGUCAUAAGUACUACUUCACGAAUAGGUUUAAAUAUGCAUCCUAAGGAAACUCUUGGAUAUGUGGUGAUAAAUCUUGGUGAUGUUGUGAGUAAUAGGAGAAUCAACGAUAAGUAUAAUCUGAUUGAUUCCAAGAAUGGUCGGAUUCAGAUUGAGCUUCAGUGGAGAACUUCUUCUUGAUACCAAAGGUCUGUGUUUCCUUCUCCGAGGGCUGGCUGAUGACAGAACACUUUUUUGGUUUCGAGUUCCUUGCUCUGUACGUAACAUCUCUAGAUAAACUAUGAAUUAAUUUUAAGCGUAAUGGACCUCAUGGAAAUUGCUGGGGACAACUUUAUUUUUUGAUAUUUAAUUAACAGACCCAAUAAGAAUUCUCUGAUUUAGCUUGCAGCUUCUUGGAAAAUGGAGACACCAACUAUGUUUAGGGCAUCUUCGACCCAUAACACUAUUUUAAUGUCAAAAUUACACUAUUUUAAUGUAAUUCUUGUACCAAUUUUUUUUAUUUCUCUAA